UUGACAGCUGUCAUGGAAAAGCCGGAUAGGAGUGCUUCCGCUUUGAAUAGUUCUUUUUCUGUCCCCCGUGGCAUGGUGGACGUGCUUUAUUUAAGCAGCCAACAAAAAUCGUGAAUAAUCGGGAGUAAACCUGUGCGAAAAUGAGUUUGACGGCAGCGCGCCCCUUGGUCAGUGUGUACACUGACAAAAAUGAGGCGGCAAAGGAUAAGGGAAUCGCUUUGCCAGCCAUCUUCAAGGCACCGAUCCGCCCGGAUGUCGUGAGCGAGGUGUCGCAACUGAUGCGCCGCAACCGUCGCCAGCCGUACGCCGUUAGCGAGGCUGCCGGUCACCAGACGUCGGCCGAAUCGUGGGGUACCGGUCGUGCCGUGGCCCGUAUUCCGCGUGUUCGCGGUGGUGGUACUCACCGUUCCGGUCAGGGUGCCUACGGUAACAUGUGCCGUGGUGGACGUAUGUUCGCCCCAACCAAGACCUGGCGCCGUUGGCAUCGUAAGAUCAAUGUCAACCUGAAGCGCUACGCUUUGGUGUCGGCACUGGCCGCUAGCGGUGUACCUGCGCUGGUACAGUCGCGAGGUCACAUCAUCGAUGGGCUGUCUGAGCUGCCGCUGGUUGUUUCGGAUGAAAUCCAGAAGUACCAGAAGACCAAGCAGGCCGUAACCUUCCUGCGCCGUUCCAAGGUUUGGGCCGACGUGCAGAAGGUUUACAAGUCGCAGCGCCUGCGUGCCGGUCGCGGUAAGAUGCGCAACCGUCGCCGCAUUCAGCGUCGUGGACCGUUGGUCAUUUACGAUAAGGAUGAAGGUCUACGCAAGGCUUUCCGUAACAUUCCUGGCGUAGAUACCAUGAAGGUGAACAAGCUGAAUCUGCUGAAGCUGGCCCCCGGUGGUCAUGUUGGUCGGCUGUGCAUCUGGACGGAGUCCGCGUUCGCCAAGCUGGAUGCCCUGUACGGCACCUGGGAGAGGCGGUCCCGCAUGAAGAAGGGCUACAAUCUGCCAACCCCGAUCAUGGCCAACACCGAUCUGGCCCGUCUGCUGAAGUCGGAGGAAAUUCGUCGCGUGCUGAAGGCACCGAAGAAGAUCGUCCACCGUCACAUCCGCCGUCUGAACCCGCUGACCAACAAGGCUCAAAUGUUGAAGCUGAACCCGUACUCCGCAGUGACGACGCGCCGAGCCCAGCUGAUGACGAAGCUGCGCCGAUGCGAGCGUAUUGUGGCUAAGGCUCAGGCCAAGAAGAAGCCACUGGAUGCCAAGCACGAGGCCGUCGCGUUCAUCGAGAAGGAACAGCGACGAGUGCAGCGGCUGCAGAAGCGAGUGGACGCACGGGUGGCGCGACUCGUGAAGAAGAAGGCUGACUGUGACGCCAAGAAGAAGGAUGGAGCGCCGGCGAAGAAGCUCCAGAAGCGUGCAAAGAACGAGAAGAAGGUGGUGGCGAAGGAUGCUGCGAAGCCAGUGGAAAAGAAGGCCGUGAAGAAGGUUGUAAAGAAGGCCGUGAAGAAGGUUGAAAAGAAGUAAAUGU